GUCGGACGUUGUUGCCUGAAUCCCGACAUUCCUUCAACACUGUAAACAAACACUGCGAGAAUUCGAAGAUUUCUAGGAACAUCCAAGGGCACUAACUCUUUAAAUCAGGCAGUUUUAUUACACAACCAUGGCUCCUACAGUUAAAACGGGCCUAGAGGUGAAGGAGCGGAACAAUGCCAUUCUGUUUGACGAGUCCAAAGGAGAACUCUUUAGACUCAGUGACGGUUACAAGACUCUCCUCCGUAAACUCAAGACACAGUGGAAGGUUAUCAGCAACCGUGAUGAACUGAACAAAGAAAGUGUUGGGCAAGCAGGUGUGAUUGUGCUAGCGUGUCCUCGACAGAGGUUCACAGAAGGACAGUUUGCUAUAUUACGGCGGCAUGUGGACGAAGGAGGCAGCCUUUUUGUAUUGGCUGAGGAGGGUGGCGAGAAAAAGGCCAAUUCUAACAUAAACUUCCUGCUUGAGGAGUAUGGAAUAGCUGUAAAUAAUGACUCAGUAGUGCGUACCUGCUACUACAAAUACUUCCAUCCAAAGGAGUGCCUCAUUACAAAUGGCGUAUUAAACAGGGCCAUCCUAGAGGCUUCUGGAAGGAAUCUGCCUGGCCUGCUCUUGGAUGAUGCACUCACAAAUAGGUCCAUGUCAUUUGUAUAUCCAUUUGGAUGUACCUUGAAUGUUGCUCGACCAGCCGUUGCCGUACUUUCUACUGGGAGCAUCUCAUUUCCUCUUAACAGACCUGUGUGUGCCUUCUACGAGCAGCCCUCUAGCCAUGGACGUGUAGCGGUGUUAGGCUCUGCCCACAUGUUCAAUGAUCAGUACAUAGAUCGUGAAGAAAACAGCAAGAUAAAGGAUGUUAUUUUUCAGUUCCUCACAGCUGCUGAUUUCAAACUUAAUCAGAUUGAUGCCGAUGACCCUGAGAUAUCUGAUUAUAACAUGACACCUGACACAGCUUCCUUGGCUGAUGGUUUAAGGACAUGUCUUCAGGAGUCUGAGGAAGUACCAACAGACUACACACAACUAUUUCAUACAAAGUUGACGUCAAUAGACAUGCAACUUGUGCCUGCUGCUAUUGAAGCUUAUGGCAAGCUAAAUGUGAAGCAUGAACCACUUCGUCUCAUAACUCCUCAAUUUGAGACACCUUUGCCGCCACUACAGCCUGCAGUAUUUCCUCCUUCAUUUCGAGAAUUGCCACACCCUUCUCUAGAGUUGUAUGACUUAGACGAGGCAUUCAGCUCUGAGAAGUCAAGACUGGCACAGGUUACAAACAAAUGUAAAGAUGAGGACUUGGAGUAUUAUGUGAGGGAGUGUGGAGAUAUCCUGGGAGUUACCUCAAAGCUGCCGCCUACAUCCAGGGAUGCUAAAUAUAUUCUUGAAUACAUCUUUACUCAGAUUGUAGAAUUCAAGAAGCUGAAUCAGGAUCCAGAAGCAUUUAUGAACAUGGACUGAGGACCCUUGGUGAAACAUCGUACCUCAGCCGUGAUUGCCAUAGUAACAUGUGAUAUGUAUGUGUAGUCACAGUAGAUCUCUUGAAGUCAGUUUUCUCACAACACAAGUCUUGUUAACUGAAUACUUCUUUUACUGUGUACACCUUGUGUGAACAGAAUGAUUAUCCCACUUAUAUAGUUUAUAUCAUCACAAGUCUAGCUUAAUAUUUGUAUGAGGUAGUGAUUAUCAGAUAAAAUAAUAGGGAGACCCAAGCAAAAUUUACAGCCCAGGGCAUGCAAAUACGAAAAAAAUCAAUAUCUAAAGUAUGAAAACCAAUACUACAGAAACAUUAGAAAUGUAACAAAAAUUCAAUUAAGUAUAUGGAUUAUGGGAUUAAAUGUUAUUUUCUAGUCAGCCACUGGAUUAUUCUGAAAAAAAGCCUGUACUGAAUUUUAUUUAUAUAUUUUGCUGGGAAAAUGUAGUGUUCACUGUAGUAUUGUGUUAUGAAACAUCUUUAUACAUAUAUGGCUUCACAAGUGCUUAGCCACUAAGUGGUCAAUUGGUCAGCCUUGUGACCUUACCUGAUGUGUUCACCUCUCCUUGAGUUUUCAGGAAAAUGAUUUUUUUUUACUAAUGCUGUCAAAUAGGGAUGCUAUUAUUAUUAUUAUUAUUAUUAUUAUUAUAAUAAUUCAUGAUAAUGUUAUUGACAUUACUAAUACCAAUAUAAGAUAAACAAGAAUAUUUCUGAAAAUCAAGGAAAAGGGUAAAUCGGUGAGAUAGGUAGUACUAGUAAUUGGCUCAUUCUAACUAAGUAUUUGUGGAGCCAUCUGUGUAAAGAAAGAUAAUAAACUAAACUCACAGUGGGCAUAGCAUAUACAUGCAUGCCAUCCCCAGUGGCAUCAGGUUAAGUCCUUCAUGGAGGCUUUUCACAACUGUCCAGGACUAGUAUCACAUGUGCCUUAGAAGCACAGCCAUUAUGGGAGAUUUUGAAUAUUUAAUAUGUCAUAUAUAUUAAAAUUGAGGUAGUUUAUAAAUAUAUAUUAUUAUUUUUGUCAACAAGGUCCUUUUUUUCAAAUAAAUUAUAUGUACAGAAAUUUUUAAAAAAGGAUAAGCCCUUAUAUUAUGUCAUGACAGAAUCAGUUUCUUCAACCAAAAUUAUUCAGACAUUGGAGAAAAUAAUGCUUUUCUUCUUUAUGUCAUGAUGAUGCUCUUUUAACAGUUAUAACACAACCUAUUUUUCAUUAUGGAAGGCAAGACUUGUUAUUCUGCCAGUGUACUUUUAGAGGCAAUAUUUUUGUUGGAAUUAGUAAAAUUCCAUCAUUUUCAUAAACUUACGAAACUACCUUGUAAGUCUACAAAAUACUAUUCAUCCUGUAUAUAAAUGCACAAAUCACCAUAUUUUUAAAUACACAUGCAUAUAUUUAUCUGAAGCGAGUGAGUGAGUGAGCCUCUCUCUCUCUAUCUGUGUGUGUGUGUGUGUGUGUGUGUGUGUGUGUGUGUGUGUGUGUGUGUGUGUGUGUGUGUGUGUGUGUGUGUGUGUGUGUGUGUGUGUGUGUGUGUGUGUGUGUGUGUGUGUGUGUGUGAAAUAGAUUAAAGUAUAAAAAGGAGAGUGGAGAGGAAUGGGAGAAGUAGGAGAGGAGAGACAGAAAGCUAAAUAUUUGAUAUAUGGAGUAU